AUGAGUUCUGAUACCAUCAUUAAGCUCGCAAGAUGGCGAGUCAGAGAUUUGGCUGCUUGUUUUUCUACAUGCAAACUCCCUCGUAUAGACGAGGAACCAAAUCCCUCCACGUCAUCAACUGAUCAUCAUCGAGGUCGAACCAAGAACACCAUCUUGUUUGAUCCAAUUGGAGAGCAUAAAAGAAAGCAAAAAGAUGAGCAAAAAAAACUAAGGAAAAAGAAAACCAAUCAAAGGAAAGUAUCUGCUGAGAGUUCUAAGCAAAUUACAAGGAAAAGUACUGAAGAGGGUUUGUCUGGAUUAAGCAGCGGGUCGUGUUUUAGGGAAGAAGAAUAUAUGGUCUUUUGCUUCCAAGAUGAUGGAACUAUCCAUCUAGUCAAAGAGAAAAGGGCAUCAGAGGCAUCCAAUGCUACUUCGGAAAGCAAACAGAAGCAUAGAGAGAAUGAUGAAAAUGUUUGUAGACAGAGUUAUGUGGAUGCGGAUGAACUAUCAGAUGAUAAGCUUUACAAUGCUGCAAAUGGACAAUUAGAAGAGGAGGAAGGAAGAAACGACAUGGAAGUAGUGUGGCAGCCACCUGAUGAGAUAAAAGAGAUUAGUCACAUCGAAACUCAUAGUGAUGAUCAAUUCAAGACGCUAUCUUCCAUGUUAUCGGUCGCAGAUUCUAGCGACUCGAAUCGCUCGGAUGCUAGCUCUGGAUCUUUUGCCUUCCCAGUUUUUGAUGAGCAGAUUGAGAUGGGAAUGGAUGGGAAGCCCUGUUCACAUGCCGCAACCCGAAAACAGAGAAAUGAGGGAACAUAG